GAAAUGCCUGUCUGCUGGCAGCUGGGAGAUUAUUAUCUGGAAACAGGGUCAUGCCUGAAAAUCAUACACACACCAGAGAUAUGACACUCGUGUAGAGUCACAGUCACACACCCACCCAACCACAUCACAGGAGCGGCACCCAGCCUUCAGUCAGUCAGACUGUGCUGCUGCUGCUGCUGGGGGUGUGUGUGUGUGUUUGUGUCUGUGUGUCAUUGUCUGGCUCAUCCACAGUCACCCUGGGCUGCAGAUGGGGAAGCAGCGGCUGGUGGAGCGAGAGAGCCCGAUGUCAGCCCUGAGCUUCGGCAUGGAUGGGGCACACUGAGUGCGCGGGGCAGGGACUGGGAUUGCACGGACACCCGGUCUACAAGCAGCAUGCUGUCCCUCUCCCCAUCUCCUUCCAGCGGCGUGAGGUAGUAUGUGUGCCAGGUUUCCAGCUGCAUCUCCGCCAUCUCCUACUGGAUGUUUGAGUGCUCUCGGAAGCUCAACAUGGACAAAACUGAACGCAUUAUCUUUCCCCCAGCCAGAGCAACACCCCCUACCAAUAUCUCUAUCACUGUUGAGAAUACCAUCAUCCCACCCAUUUCCCAACUCCGCUGCUUGGGCAUCACUCUUAACUGCUCCCUCUCCUUUGCACCCCACAUCCAAGCUCUGGCGCAAUCCUGUUGGUUCCAGCUAUGCAACAUUGCUCGCAUCAGGCCAUUUCUCUCCCAGAGUGCAACUAAACUUAUCAUCCACUCACUGGUCAUCUCACGACUCGACUACUGCAAUGUUCUCACUGGCCUCACUUGUUCCCAUCUUGCUCCCCUCCAAUCUGUCCUCAACUCUGCAGCUAGGUUUAUCUUCCUCUCCCGCCGCUCCACAUCUACCACCCCUCUUUGACAAAAUCUACACUGGCUCCCAUUCCCCUACAGUAUCCUCUUCAAACUCCUCACCCUCACAUACAAGGCCAUCUCUAAUUCCACUGCUCCCUACAUCUCCAACCUCCUCUCCCUUCAUACUCCCUCCUGCCCCCUACAGUCAGCCAAUUACCGUAGCCUCUACUCUGCCCUGGUUACUGCUUCCCGUGCUCGAGUUCAAGAUUUUGCCCGUGCUGCACCCCUUCAGUGGAACGCGCUCCCUCGCUCCAUUAGACUCUCCCCGACCUUGCAAAGCUUCAAACCGGCACUAAAAACCCACCUAUUCAUCAAUGCAUACCCUUCCAAUGCAUAACCUAGUCCUGAGGCUGCUCCUCCAUUUCCCUGCCUCAUGCCUUGAACAUCUCUGCUUUGCUUACAGGCUACCUCCCGCUUGCUUGCUUCUCAUGUCAUCUGUCUGUCGCCCCUUCCCACUAGAUUGUUAACUCUUCAGAGCAGGGGCCUCUUUCCUCUUGUUGUCAAAGCCCUCUUCUCGACACAUUUCACUCGCAGCUCUCUCCUACUCAGCGACCAUCUUUACCAGCUUUUUCUCCUGCUGAUGUUUUCCCUGAUCUGAUGAGUGCUACGAUCAUCCAUUCAGAAAAUUUUUAAAAAUGAAGCUGCGGAUUUGCUUUGGUGCAUCCUUUAUUACUUCUUUUGGGUAAAUGAGAAGUAGCUAUGUUAUUAUGCUGACAUCUAAGCAUGAAUUUGGUAGACCUGUGGCUAACACGCUCUCUCUCCAUGUGUCUACUCCUACAAAGCUUUGUUCUAAUGAUACUGUGCUUUCAUUCUGCCAGUAUGUGUCCCAAAGGCUGCCUUUGCUCUCAUUCCGGAGGCUUAAAUGUCAGCUGCAGUAAUGCGAAUCUCAAGGAAAUACCUAGAGACAUUCCUCCUGAAACGGUUUUACUCUACCUAGACUCUAAUCAGAUAACCUCUAUCCCUAAUGAGAUUUUUAAAGAUCUCCAUCAACUAAAAGUUCUCAACUUAUCCAAAAAUGCCAUUGGAUUUAUAGAUGAGUACUCUUUUAAAGGUGUAGCAGAGAACCUGCAGACUCUAGAUCUGUCAGAUAACCAAAUUGUAAGCGUCCAUAAAAAUGCUUUCAAUAACCUGAAGGCAAGGGCCCGGAUUGCUAACAACCCUUGGCAUUGUGACUGUACUCUACAGCAGGUUCUGCGAAGCAUGGUAUCUAACCACGAGACUGCGAGCAAUGUCAUCUGCAAAACAGCAGUACUGGAUGAACAUGCGGGACGGGCAUUCCUGACUAAUGCUAAUGAUGCUGAUCUUUGCAAUCUUCCCAAAAGGACAACAGAUUAUGCCAUGUUGGUCACUAUGUUUGGCUGGUUCACCAUGGUGAUAUCCUAUGUGGUAUACUAUGUACGGCAAAACCAAGAAGAUGCAAGACGGCAUCUUGAAUACUUGAAAUCCCUGCCAAGCAGGCCAAAAAAACCUGAUGAAGCUGAUGACAUUAGCACUGUGGUAUAGUAUUUAAGGCAGGCUUAGGGAUUUUGUGGUUCUGCCAGAGAAUAACAGACAUCAUAGGAGUUUUGGUUCAACAACAAGCUGGAAAGCCACACGCUGCCUACUGCUGAUCUAAGGUAUCAAAGAUGGAGAUACAAUUUUGGUAAUAGAUCAGAUUUCAUUAGAACAAACUCAGUUUAGUUCUAAUGUUUGUUGUAAACCUUUUUGCCUUUUUAAAACAAUAUACAGUAGCUACGUUUUUGCCACUGUAGAGCAACAAUACAACAUAACUUUUCUUUGAAUGGUACGCAGUUGUCUCUUUGAUGGUAUUCCAAUCAACCUAUUUAGUAUAUAAUCAUAACUUAGAAUGCAUUUCACUAUUUAAUAACAAAAUAUUUAUUUUUUUAAUUUCUAAGAAAAUAAAUGCUUAACUUUGAACUGUGUAAUACAUAGUAAUCUUAAUCUAUUGUUCUUGACAAACGACUGGGUUAACUGAUUUAUUUUUAUAGGUUAGUAAACCAUUAUGCAAAUAUGGUAUUGGUUUAAUACAAAAAAACAACGGGCUGGAGCGGUAAGUCAGAAAUUACUAUUCAAUAUGAUGUGGAAACAGUUUUUUUUUUCCCCCUGUGCAACUACGUAAGUAUCAAAGGUGCAAUGUACUAUUUCAGUGCAUGAUGGCUUACAAUUGGAUUCAGAAUUCUAAAUGUUCCUGCUGUUACAGAUAUACCAAAAAGCCCAAAAAUUACAAUGAGCAAAUUCAUUUUAUUAAGCCAGAGAGGUGCCGAAAGUGACAUAAUGCACCCAUGCAUGCCGACUUCUGUGCUGCUCUCUCUCCUGAAGACAGCAGCUAGUUGUACUCUGCUUGGGGGUGCUUUGGGGGUGAGGCACAUCAAAAGGGGUGGGGUGAGGUGGGGUGGAGGAAGAACACUAUACAGGAGGCAGUACAGAGGGUGUGGUGUUUAUUAUUGCAUCAUUGUAGCCAUGCGCCCUGUUUGACAUUGUCUAGAUUAACAGUAUUAUACAGCAGGGGGCGUGGCCACGAUUGCACAAUUAACCCAAAAUCGCAUCAUCGGUGCCCAGACCGCGCAGUUAACUCGCUAGAUGGGUGGCCGAGCGAGGUGGGGGCAUCUUUUAAACCUGGAGACAUGCCUACUUUUCCGGGGGUCCGGAAGGGUAACCAUAUUUUUGGGAGCCUCCCGGCCAUUUUAGGGUAGUAGGCAAGUAGAAUUGCACCUCAUUUACUUAUGGCUAUAAAAACAUCUCUUUAGCCUUGCACAGUAUUACAUUGCCUCUGAUGUGCUUCUAGAUUAAAGACAUCAGUGUUGUAAAACACAGAACACCUAACUACUGCUAUCGAAAGGUGGAAAGGCCUACUAGUAUAACGUCUACCGUAUGUUUUCCCCAACAGGAAAUAUACCAUUAUGGGGAACAAUUUCUAGGGAGCCCUUCACAUGCUAUGUGUAAUAAAAAGAAUUAUAGUAAUGCAAGUUUCAUGCCUUUUUAUCAAUAAAAAUCUAAACACA